AGCAAGUCAAUCGUUAACGGCGCAUAUCGGUCUGACAAUGAAUUGGACCGAUGGUUACCUGAAAUGGAACCCCAAAGAAUACUACGACGUCUCCCAUCUUCGGAUGUCAUCAGAUGAUGUGUGGUUGCCCGACAUAACACUCUCUAACAACGCGGAGAGGACGCGGUUGAUGGAGUCGACGGUGGUCAGGAUCAAUCACGUGGGGCGAGUGGAGUGGAGCGGCCUCAUCAUCGCCAAGACCUUCUGCAAAAUCGACUUCACUUUCUUCCCGUUCGACGAGCAGGAAUGCUUGAUGACCUUCCGAUCAUGGACCCAUCUUCAUAGUCAUGUCAGAAUGGAUGCUAGUAAACCAGAGAGGAUGGCUGAUAAGGACAAUGGAGAGUGGAAGGUAGCGAAGAUCGUGACGAACUCGACGAUGGAGUACCUCGACCACGGGAACUUCAGUAAGAUCGAAGUCACGAUCCACCUGUCCCGCCGUCCCUUGUUCUAUAUCAUGAACAUGAUCAACCCCUGCGUGCUCAUCUACGGGCUCACCCUCCUCAGCUUCUGCCUACCCGGCGAGUCGGGGGAGAAGAUCGCGUUGAAUGUGACCAUCCUUCUAUCUCUCACUGUCUUCAUGCUCCUCACGUCUGAGAUGAUGCCCCCAUCGUCAGACACCAUCCCGGUCAUCGCCCAGUUCUACGCGGCGACCAUCGUACUGGUGUCCAUCUCCAUACUGUUCGCCGUCAUCUCACUGAAUUUCUUCCACCGCCCCCCUAAUCCCCACCGUGCACCCCUCUGGCUUCGCAAGCUCUUCUUCAUCCAUCUCACGCCCCUGCUUUACCCGUGGAGGGUGUCGACGUGUGGCAAGAAUGGAGAAGGAACCGAUCUUCGCCGCAUCAUGGAUUGCAAUGGCGAUGUAGUUGGCCCCAUGAAAGUCGCUACAUACCAGUCCCACCAGCCUCCCUCUAGCCCGAAGCUCCCGGCUGCCGCCACGCGACGUCUCGCUAGCCACCAUGAGAGCUGCGGCAUCGCUGAUACGAACUUUAACGGAUCCUCAGCGUUCGCUAGCGGGUGUCCGCUGGACAACUUGGGGGGCGGCGCGUCGGCCGCCAACAACUCCGUCACUACCAUCACAUGUACAAGCUGCAAUGGCGCCAUCAAGCGGCAGCUUGGAAAUAUCUCCGAAGACCUGCACACGAUGAUCGAGGACCGGCAGAUGGAUGAGGAGAAAGAGGCGAUCGUUUCCGAAUGGAAGAAGAUGGCCCACGUGUUCGAUCGCCUGGGCCUUCUCCUCUUCAUCAUGGCCACCGUCAUCCUGGCGAUCGUCCUCGGGAGCAGGCUCGGAACGCCCAGUGAUGUGUAAAUCAAAAUGGUGGGGGCCUAUCAUAAAAGGACAGAGUGAGAUGCGGGAUUUAUCUUUUUCAUGUUUAUAGAGAAAAGAUGAAGACAAGGAGAGCGAAGUAAAAGUAGUAAGAAUUGAUGUGUGCUUGAUUGAGAAGUACGGCGUUGAUGUUAAAACGUCAUGAUGUUGAGAGAACAAACUUAAACGAAAAGAACACCAAUGUUAAACGGCAGAAAUCGAACAUCGAAUAUUAAAGUGAAUUGCAUUGGUCGGCUGAAUUUCAAUACUGGUGUUAUAAUAAAGUUAAGUUCUCGGAAACUGUUGAUGUUAAGCUUACGUUGAUGCGUGCCGCAAAUAUAUAAAUACAAGGAUAUAAAUAAUAUUAAUGAAUUAAAUUACUUAUGAAAACGUAAUUAGAAAAUAGAAUUAUGUCUUACCUAGUUGUCUGCAAUACAAAUUGCUUCUAGAAGUCAUACAUGUAUGUAAACAGUCUAUGGCAAUGUACAUAAUCUUUAUUUAAAAGAAACUUCGAACAUUUCAGAACUUGCAUGUUUCUUUCAAAUUAGAAACUUCCUUUUUAUGGGAUACUUUAAGAUAGAAUCUGAUUUAUUGACUUGUAGAUAAAUUCAUCUGUACAUAAGUAUGCGCUUGUAUAACAUUGAAAAAGCAUCGUAAACUGGUAAAUAUGAUUGUGUUCCAUUGUCAUAGAUUCCUGCAAGUGUAGUGUAGUGGUGGUUAUUUUACCUGACUGCUAAGAAAGCAUAAAUGCUUGUUAGUAAGCAACCA